GCUGAAUAAACGAACCUACGUUCGCUCGCGUGGGGCGACGCAAUUUUGAGGUUAUGUUACAUCGCGAAUAAUCCCAAUUUUCGAUUGGAAUUAUCUGAAAUUUCCGCGUACGCGAGGUUACGCGCGACAUCAUUGACGAGGUAGGACGUGACGAUGUCGGAGUUGUUGGAUGUGCAAGAGCUGAAGGAGCAUAUUCGAGUGAACAGCAAAAGUGAUAUUGUCACCUGCCUCUCCCAGCUUAGGAACGAACCAUUGCGUUGCAAAGACUUCACCAAGAACGGUGGCCUUAGCAUCCUUGUGGAAUUAUUACGCAGCUCGAAUCGAGCCAUAAUCAACAUGUGCCUGAGUAUCUUGGCAAACGCUUGUAUAUCCUCAGAUGCCAGGGAGAAGGUACAAGGCAGCAAUAUAGGGGACAAUAUAAUACAUAUCAUGAAGAAUCAUACAUUGGAUUCUAAGGUACACUGCCGCGCUUGUAGACUCGUCGGUAACUUGUCGGAAUGCAAGUGGCACGCGGAGGCAUUGUACAAUGGUGGGGUGAUAGAACCGCUGACGACAUUUUUGAAAUUACAAACGAACAGGCAAACUUAUUUAACGGCCAUCAGAGCGAUUAGGAACAUUUGGAGUUUUUACGAGGGUAGCAGGGAGAAGAUCUUACAGUUGCAAGCAGUCAGACUGAUUGCUCAGUUAUUCGUCAUGGCCGAGGAUAAGAAGUACACGGAACUAAUGGACGUGUGUCUCAAAGCCAUGUGCACGUUUCUCGUCACGCAGGACAAGAUCGCCGACUUCGUACGCUGCAGUGCGCAGAUGGAGGCGGACAAGGACAAGCAGGGCUACAAGGCUCUCAUACUGUGCUGCAUAAGAGGCAACAAUCUGGCCAUCAAGUGCCUUUGCAAUCUCUGCCAGUCGACGGGCUGUCGGUUAGUGUUGGGUACCCUCGGAGUUGCGGAGCUGCUCAUAACUAUCACCAGAAACGGCAGCGCCGGCGACGGCGAGCUAUUUAGGAAGGUAGUGGUCACCUUAUGCCUGUUCUGCCAGGAGUCUGUGCACCGCAUGAAAAUGAAGACCGCCGGCGGGCUGGAGGUGUUUGUGAUGCUGCUGAAGCAGCCCAAGUUCGCCAAGUAUCACCCUAUACUUCUGGACGCGCUCACGCAAUUCGCGUACUGCGACAACAGCAUCGUCACGUUGACGAAGCACGGCCUGCUGGAGGUCUUGAUGGCGAAAUUGACGGACUCGGUCGCCGAUACCACGGUCAUGGAGACGAGCGAGUUGAGUCCUAUUAGCAGUAGCAACGGGUCGAAUAAACGCUGCUACGGUUCCACGCCUUGCCGGAAGUACAGCCGGAUCAGCGAGGGGAGGUAUAGCAGAUACUACACUAUGCACCGUUUUGACGGUGAUUCAAGUCCGGGAAGUUCGACUAGUGUCUCCUCGUCGCCACCUAGCACGCCACCGUUAUUAUAUUACGAUUUCAAGAUGGAGACCGAUAACGGGGACGAUAAUUACAGUCCUGUUUACAGCGACACGGAAUGGGGCGACGACGAAGAGCCGGACGAAGAAGCGGACUCUCUGAAGAGCUGCAAGUCGCUGACCAUCGACGCGGACAAUCUUCGCGAUUCUGAGAAAGCCAUCAAAGGGGUCCUCUGCGCCUCGACGGCGUUGCUGUUACUGUACCGAGUGAGCCUGCUUCCGCAGCCCAUCUACCGACUGGCCGAUCCCAUGACCAUCAAGUCUCUCUUGAUUUACAUCAGUCGCACGAAAAACGAGAAGGCCAUCACUAUAUUAAUCAGGAUCGUGAGGAACGCGGCGUACUUCAUGCCGCUGCUGAAGCAGGGUUUCGUGUUCGACGUGCAGGGCGUGCCGGAGUGGGGGGAGUACAUUUUCCACCUGCGCAAGGUCGCGGAGACCGGCGGCGCGUUCGGCCAGUUAUCGUCGGUGUUGCUGCGCGGCGAGGAGCGGCACAAGUUGCUCUUCGCGGUCUCGAUACCGUUCCUGAUCGUGCACUCGCGCAUCACCCUCAAGUCGCUGCUGCACAACCACGGCGGGCUGCAGAUGAUACUGCGCCUGCUGAGCGAACCAUCGCACGAGCUGCACGAGCGUGCGAUCUGGUCGAUCUGCCGGCUGGCGGCCGCGCUGCAGAUCCGUCCGGAGGCGGUGGACAAGUCCGGCCCGGCAACCGUCGCGAGCAGCGUUCUAUUCCUCCGCGAGUACCCCCGCGAGAGCAGCCACCCGCAGCCGUCGCCGACGGUGACGUUCGAGCUGGACGACGGCACGACCGUGGACGCCUGCCGGCGCGUCCUCUGCCAACGCUCGGACGCCUUCCGCGCGAUGUUGGAGGGCAACUUCAGCGAGUCCGGCAAGCGGCGCGUCAGGCUGAGGAACGCCUCGCGGGACGGGCUGAACACGCUGAUCCUGGCGGCGAGCGGGAUCCCGUACACCCACCGCAGCAUCGAGUCGCUGUUGGACGCGGUGCUGUUGGCCGACAAGUUCCUCAUGCCGGAUCUGUCGGACGCGCUCACCGACAGCUCGGUCGCCAAGCUCAGCCACGAGAACUUCAGCCGCGCCUGGUGGUGGGCCAAGACCAACGCAUGCCACGAGCUGCGCUCCUGCUGCGUCAAGACCUUCCUCACCGCGAGCAUGACGAACGGUCAGACCGUGCAGGCGUUCCGCGACUUCUCCGCGACCGCCGCCUUCGACGAGUUCCUCGCCGAGAUCCGGGAGAUCAUCAUGGACUUGUUGUGCCAACCUUAGACGCACGGGUGUAUCCGCGGUGCGUGUGUGCAAUCGUGCUCUCGACCGGUAAUUCGUAGAACAUAGAUUCCCUUGUCGCGUAUACGCGUAACGUUAUCGUCCGACAGUCGGGUGUUCUCUCGGCAGACACACGGUGGUUGCGUGUGAUCGUUGCUGCGACCCUUGUCGCUCGUGUCCGUCGUGUCUCUCGAACGCAGAAUCCCCGUAGAAAUUAGGAUCCUCGAUGGUCGCGAAGAUCGUCGUCUCACGAGCGAGUUUUCUAUCCCCUGAGGCUCCUGUUUCUCUUGUUCUGUAACUUUUAACGUGUGCGUUACAGGCUAACGCACAAGCAUCGCAACGACGCGCGUUUACGAUUACGAAAUUUCCAGUUACAAGUUACAGAAGAAGGGAGACGGGCUGCUCCCUCGCCGCGUCGUCGUCCGUUUGUCGGCGGCGUCAGGAGCGAGGAAACGCUUGCCGAGAAUUCUUCCGGUGUACGUUCAAAUAUACUCGCACAAAAUGACAUUUAUGACAUCGAUUCGGGACACUUGGAAAAUACUUCGAACACUUUCCUCUUGCUCUAGAAAUUAAUAAUAAAUGACUGUAAAAUUAACGUGACUUUAAUGUGAAUGUGAAAUUAACGUAACUUUCCCCUCUUAUUAUUUCUCACGAUCUUGUCACAUUUUACAUAUUUAUUGACAUUUGUUGAUUGUUGUGUUUCGUUGAUUUAUUGAUUGCUAUUUAUGGAUUGUUCGGGCGAAGGUAAAGUGUUCGGUGUAUUUUGUAAGUGCUAAAUUGAUCAUAAGCGUCAUUUGGUGGGCGUAUCUUUAUAUUUGAAUAUGUACGCAAGAAAUGUCCAUGGAUUUUCUCGCUUCUGAUGUCGUCGUAAAACAAGACCAAUGGCGAAUAUACGGGAGCCUUAAUUUGAUAACGCUUAUUUUUCUCUAGCAGAAACUCCGAAGAAUUGUACAUUGGAUCGUUCAACGUCUAUAUUUAAAGCUUUUUACUAAUAUAUAUUUAUUUAUAUGUAGAUGAGACAUCGGCUGUAUCUCGCAAAAUACGAACGUAGGAAAGGGGAAAAGGGGAAAAAAAGAUGUAUGCAAGUACAUCUUAGAGUGCAACGUUAAAUUAAAGAGCUUUCGGCUCUACCUCGUUCUAAAUGGAUCCGAAUGCUCGGAAACGGUCUCUCUAGAAUGAGAAAAGGGGAAGAAAAAAUAAAAACGAGUGAAUCCAAUUAUCACGGCUUGUAGUUGGUUUGUUUUUAUCCGUAGCGGACUUCCGGUUACUCGCGGAACCCUGUAAAUUGCGGGACGAUCAUACGUAUUCACAACGAUAUUGUAUCUAUAUUAAUGCUGUAUAUAUUCCGUGAAUUGUGCUAAAGUACAUCAGCGAGAGAUGUAUUCACGACGGCCGCACAUGUGCUCGAAGCAUUUGUAUAUACACUGAAUGAAAUAAAAAUCCUGAAAUUUUUAAAUCUUAA